AUGGAGUUUUGCUUCUCCCCUUCGCGCAUCUCGCGCCCUCGGUUCCUCCUCUCGCUCGCGUGCUUGUUACUCGUCUUCGCGAGCUGUGGUCCACAUAGGCUUACAGCCGUAUCAGCGCAGUCGGGACCUUCUAACGGGGCUCAACUGUACACCGUCCGCCUUCGCUCCGCGCCCCCUAUAGUCAACUACAAGGGCGGAAUCGCCGGCAUCCCCGCUACAGCGCCAUCCGAUAGUGACACGGACGAUGACGGCGAGUUAGAUAGCGACGGCAGCGGCGGCGGCGGCGGCGGCGGCGGCGCGGGCGGCGGGGCUAGCGCGUUGAGUCUAGACUCGAGUGAUUCCCGCGCUUCGAGUACGCUAGCUAAGGCGGCGGAAACUAUGGCUGCCCGUGCCGCCAAUGCCGUGACUUCAUUUAAUAGGCGGUUUCGGGGGCGGAGAGGCCGCGGCGGGGCGGGAUGGAACGCGGGGAGGGACUUGGGGAAGCUUGCGGGGAAGUGGCGGAAGAGGUUGCAGCGGAAGGUGAAUGUGCGCGCCCCGCACGUGCGCCAGUUCGCGCGCUAUUUGCGCCAGAUGCAGCUGCGCGUGGCGCAAGACGCGGGGGUUCCGCUCAUUAACCUGGUGCACAGCUAUCGAUUCGCCUCCAACGGCUUCUCCGCCAGGCUCUCCCGCGCGCAAGUCGCCAGGCUGCGCCAGCACCCCGCGGUGGCGCAAGUCGCGCGCGCGGCGGAAAUCCGCCCGUUCACCACCAACUCCCCCAACUUCCUCCGCCUGCCCGCGUCCCUGUGGGCGGGCAACGGCGGGGAGGACAGCGCGGGGGAGGGCGUGGUGAUAGGCGUGAUCGACUCGGGAUUCUGGCCGGAACACCCCGCCUUCUUGGAUAACACCACCAAGCCCUAUCCGGACCCCCCGCCGACGUGGGCGGGCGCGUGUCCCGCGGACAACAGCGCCAUGUGCAACCGCAAGGUGCUCACAGCGCGCCACUUCGUGAACGGGUACCUCGCGAACGGUUACACCGUCGACGAAUCCGCGGACUACCUUUCGCCCAGGGACUCGUCCGGGCACGGCACAUGGUGUGCGGGGGUCGCGGGCGGGAACGGGCAGCUCCCCGUGAGCCUCUCCGCGACCACCGUGAUCGGGCACGCGACGGGCAUGGCGCCGCGCGCGCACCUGGCCAUCUACAAGGUGCUGUGGCGCCAGGCGCAGGACGCGGGGAGCCCCCCCGCGGCGCCGUCGGGGUCCAUGGCGGACCUGUACGCGGCGCUGGACCAGGCCGUGGCGGACGGCGUGGACGUGGUGUCGUUGUCUGUUGGCGCGCUGAAUGAUUAUGAGACUUACUUCGAUGACGUGCCCUACGCGAAUAUCCAGAAGGCGGGCAUCCUGGCGGUGCUAGCGGCGGGCAACAGCGGUCCGCCCCCGGACCGCAGCAGUGGCAUGUACCGCACGCUCUCCAACUUCUCGCCCUUCUACAUCACCGUCGGCGCCAGUAGCAUGGGUCGGCGGUUCGUGGUGCGGUUGACCCUCGGCAACGGGGCAGUCAUCAAGGCGCGUGCAGUGGAGGGUGCUAACACCUCUCAGCGCGUGCCCUUGAUCUACUCCCGCAACGCCAUUGCUCCAGGGAAAUCCGUCUAUGACGCGGAUCUAUGCAUACAGGGAUCGCUCGACGCGAACAAGACCACGGGCAAGAUCGUGAUCUGCUCGCGGGGCAUCAACCCCAUCUGGAACAAGACCCUGGCCGUGCAGGACGCGGGCGGCGUCGGCAUGGUGCUGGUCAAUGUGAAGGGUGGCGCUGCCAACUUUCCUGUGGUUCCGGGGCCGCCGCUGCCGUAUGUUCACUUCUCGCUGCAGCAGGCCGCGCUGCUGGCGGCAUACAUGAAGAAAACCAAGAAGCCGCUUGCCACGAUGGGCACGGAGGUAGAAGCAUCGUUCGACGAGGCGCCUGCCCUGGCAGCCUUCUCCUCCACAGGUCCGGUCGCCGAUCCAGACGGCGUGCAGCUGCCCGUGUACCCCACCAACGACAUCUUAAAGCCCGACAUCGUCGCCCCGGGCGUCAACCUCUGGGGAGCGUGGAUCUCCACCACCACGGACGGAUCCGACGGUCCACAGUACUCGCAGCUGUCUGGAACGUCCAUGGCUACUCCGCACGUGGCAGGGAUCGUCGCGCUGAUCAUGCAGAUGAAUCCUGAUUGGUCGCCAGCUAGGGUUAUGUCGGCGGUUAUGACGACGGCCACUCCGGGAGGAUCGCCGUCGGAUAUUCGAACCAUGGUUGUGUCGUCGUCGGGCGCGGCAGGAGGAAAGCCGGGGACGAGCGGCGGUGGAGGGUACACCUAUCGGGUGGUAAAACCGAUGAAGAAUUCGAUGAAUAAGGAGGCGACAUCGUGGGAGUUGGGUUCCGGGCAUGUGGACCCGCCUAGGGUUGCGGAUCCUGGGCUGGUUUUCGAUACUUCGUUUGAAGACAAUGUGAAUUUUCUCGCCGGGUUGGAUCUGCAGCGCGCCAAGGAUACGUUUCCGAGUGUAACGACCUUUUCGCCGAUCAAGCCUGCGUACAAGUUCAACCGGCCGUCGAUUUCUGUCUCGAAGCUUUUCGGCGCGGUUACUGUUACAAGAACGGUGACUAAUGUGGCUUCAGUGGCGUCGACUUAUGUGGCUAAAGUUGUUCCGCCUCCAAGAGUGAAGGUUACAGUUACUCCAUCUACUUUCACUAUUGCGCCGGGGGAUAAGGUCACAUUUUCUGUGGAGCUGAAGGUUUUGAAAGAGCCGUCGAUUUCCACCAAUUCAUCCGUUCAAUCCGCGAAUCAAGAAAAUUCGAGAUCACAUUACUGUUCUUACCUUCCGUCCAACCAUCUGUCCAUUCCGCCUACCGCAUCCAUCGCCUUUUCCCGCCAGCAACACACCUUAGCCUCUCUACGCGAACGUCUCGCCGGUCCGGACUCCCCUACCCUCGGCGAUUUCAUCUUAGGUGCUCAGCGGAAGCGAGAUGCCGAUCAGGACGGCGAAUCUGGCGGAGACGUGCAAUCUCAGCCGUCCGCCGGAGCCGGACACGGAUUGGUGAAGGCCGACGCGGGAUUAGGUCUAGGAGGCGUGUACGCUGUACAGGCAGUGCAGCCGCGUGAAAGGCGGCGAAAGCCUGAUUGGAUGAAGCGGGAGGUAUUGCCUGGAGGGGAGAAAUUCGUGGCGAUUAAGAAACGGCUUCGUGAGUUAAAGCUGCACACGGUGUGCGAGGAAGCGCGGUGCCCGAAUCUAGGAGAGUGCUGGGGAGGGAGCGGCCCGGACGGCGAGGGCGCAACGGCUACUAUUAUGAUCCUUGGCGAUACGUGCACGCGAGGCUGCAGGUUCUGCGCGGUGAAAACGGCGCGCAACCCGCCCCCCCCGGACGCGGGCGAGCCGCGGAAGGUGGCGGACGCGGUGGGCGAGUGGGGCCUGGGGUACAUCGUGUUGACCAGCGUUGACCGCGACGACCUGGCGGACCAGGGCAGCGGGCACUUCGCGGAGACCAUCAUCCGCCUCAAGGAGCGCCGCCCUGAUAUGCUCGUGGAGGCGCUGGUGCCGGACUUCCGGGGGUCAGCGGAGUGUGUGCGGCGAGUGGUGGACAGCGGGUUAGACGUGUACGCGCACAACAUAGAGACCGUGCGCGAGCUGCAGCGGUUUGUGCGGGACCCGCGCGCCGGCUUUGAGCAGUCGCUCGCCACGCUGCGCCUUGCCAAGGAGAUGGCCCGCGCGGGCCGGGAGAGGGGCGGGCCUGGCAUGCUCACCAAGACAUCUAUCAUGCUGGGAUGUGGAGAGACGCCAGAGCAGGUACUCAGCACGAUGGAGGCGGUGCGGGCAGCAGGGGUGGAUGUGAUGACGUUUGGGCAGUACAUGCGUCCCACACGCCGCCACAUGCCUGUCAGCCAUUACGUCACUCCCGAGGCGUUUGACCAGUGGAAGAAAGUGGGCGAGGAAAUGGGCUUCCGCUAUGUUGCUGCCGGCCCCAUGGUUCGCUCAUCGUAUCGUGCUGGAGAGUUCUAUAUCAAGGCCAUGCUUGAAGGGGAUAGGAAGCGACAGCAGGAAGCUGAGGUUUCUGUUGCUUGUUGA